AUUAAAAUCAACUUUCGAUCGACGGAAGUGAUACGACCGGUGCUACAGUACCUGUACGCGUCUCAAGCGGAUCCAUUUGCACCUGUUCUACAGUAUCCGGUCAUACUUCAUGCUAAUGUUUUUCGAUCAGCGAGAAGUGCGGAGAAUGUCGUUGAUCCGUCGUCCUUCGUCGAUCGAGCACGUCGCCUCUUCCCAGAUGCGACACUUUCGCUAACUUGGAGACAACUGUUCCAAAUUCUCGAGUAUAUCGCCCGUCUCGACCAGCCCGUGAUGUUAUCUGUUCGUUUGUCUGUGGCUUCCAAUUCCAAGGAUCAACUGUUGUGGUUACUUGGGAUGGACAAAGCUGUGUCUCUUCUUAUCUGGAGUGACGAAGACGACACGGACAUUGAUUGGGCGUCUGUCGUAGAAAUUCGUCGAUUGGCCACGAAAAAUCGAGUACUGUACGAUUUGUUGCCACGUCACCGAGAAAUCAUUCAGCGGAUACCCAUCCAGCCAGUGAUAGUG